AUGUGCCCAUCCUUUGAUCUGUUACCAGAUGACACCACGGCUGCACACUCUCAAAGACUGCAAGUGAAGUUUAAUCUUCUCUCUUCAACACGUCCAGAGAAUGAAGGCUGCUAUCUCUCUGUAGACCAAGAAAAAUGCCUGGAGGACUGCAAAUUCAAUGCGACAGCUAAAACCUUCUUUAUUAUUCACGGAUGGACAAUGAGUGGCAUAUUUGAUAAGUGGCUGAACAACCUAGUGUUUGCCCUCCAGAACAGAGAAAAGGAUGCUAAUGUGGUAGUGGUAGACUGGCUGGUACUUGCCCAUCAACUCUAUACAGAUGCUGUGAACAACACAGAGGUGGUUGGACAAAGAACUGCAAAGUUGCUCAACUGGUUACAGGAAAAACAAUACCUUCAGUUUGAAAACGUUCACUUAAUUGGGUACAGUCUUGGUGCCCAUGUUGCUGGCUAUGUUGGUAACUAUGCAGCUGGGACAAUAGGCAGAAUUACAGGCUUGGAUCCAGCUGGCCCUAUGUUUGAAGGAGUUGAACCUCACAGACGCCUCUCCCCUGAUGAUGCAGACUUUGUGGAUGUCCUUCAUACAUAUACGAGAGAAACGCUGGGCGUCAGCAUUGGGAUCCAGAUGCCUGUGGGUCACGUUGAUAUCUACCCCAAUGGGGGCGAUUUCCAGCCUGGUUGUGGAUUAAGUGAUGCUCUGGGAGCAAUCGCGUAUGGGAAUAUUGGUGAUGUUGUGAAAUGUGAACAUGAACGAUCUGUGCACCUCUUUGUGGACUCUCUUGUGAACCAAGAUAAGCGGAGCUUUGCUUUUCAGUGCACAAAUUCCAGCCGUUUCAAGAAGGGAAUCUGUCUGAGCUGCCGAAAGAACCGCUGCAACAGCAUUGGCUACAACGCUAAGAAAAUGAGGAAUAAAAGGAACAGCAAGAUGUACUUAAAAACCAGAGCUGACAUGCCUUUCAGAGUUUACCAUUAUCAGAUGAAAAUGCAUGUUUUCAGCUAUAAAAACUUAGGAGAAACUGAGCCUACCUUCUUGGUUACCCUUCACGGCACGAACGGAGACUCUCAACCCCUCUCUCUGGAAAUACUUGACCAAAUUGGCCUGAAUUUCACAAACACUUUCCUGGUUUAUACUGAAGAAGAUAUUGGUGACCUCUUAAAGAUCAAGCUUACUUGGGAAGGGUCAUCUCAGUCCUGGUACAGUCUGUGGAAACAGUUCAAGAGUUACUGGUCCCAACCUGAGAAUUCCUCCAAGGAGCUGCACAUCAGACGUAUACGUGUGAAGUCUGGGGAAACUCAACAGAAGCUUGCUUUCUGUGCUGAGGACCUUCAUCAGACAGACAUCUCUCCUGGCAAAGAGCUCUGGUUUGUGAAAUGUAGAGAUGGAUGGCAAACAAAAAAUAGCCCAAGGUCAGCCUUGAAUCUGCUCUGAAGGCUUCUCUGCAGACUUGCACGUAAGGACUAAACAUGAAAUCAAAAUGCAUAGAGAAGGCUACGGUAGUGAAAAGACGACGCACUCCUGCACAGUCUGUCUCAGCAGCACUUAAGAAAACUCACUAUGGAGGACAGCAUGUCUCGGAGCUGAUGCAAGCAGUGGAGGAGUGAUCCUGAUGGAUUCAGUUGCUGUCCUAGAGUAACUUAUUAAAAUGACUAAACUCUCCCUCCUUAAGGGAGUCUGGUUAAUGUGCAUGAACCUGAUGAUGCAUAUAUUUCUUGAUCUGUGUUUAUGCUCUGCAUCACCACUCCCCCCCACACUUUGGCUUCCAUUAACUGGAAGUGUGGACAAAUUCGAGACAAAUCUGUGCCUUGACAACAGCAAUAUGCCUUGGAGGUUGAAGAGAGAAAUUUACUAAACAUCAAAACAGUUGAGACUAAGCUAUUGAAAACGUGUCACUGUGUCUAUAGCAUAGGAGGUACUAUGUGGUCUAAAAUUGCACUAAACUGUGUGGAAGAAUGGAAGGUCUAAAUCUGUUUGUUUUGUUUGUCUGUUUUUUAGGGUUGUUUUGUUUUUUUUUAAA